AUAUUUGCAUAAAGUGGAGCAGGGCGCCUCCCUCAGUAGUUUGGGCUUUCUCUCAAUGGACGGACUCCUCUAACAGGACUUUCCUCUCCAGUUUGCCAGACAGGAGGAAGUUAAACUGGGGCGGUUCACCUCUCAGCCACCGCUGAAAAACCCUCACAGGAAAACAACCCGAGGAACCUGCGUGGUUUUAUCCCGCUUAUUCGCUUUGAGAAACUUCCAACUCUCUGUUGUUGUAGGCCUAUUUGUUUUUCUGUCGGUGUUGUGGGGGGGUCUGAGCUGAUCCGCUCCGCCGAUUCAUCAAGAUGUCUGUCCAGACGAGCAAGAAGACGACGACCUACCGGACCAUGAAAGUGACCUCUCCGGAGCCGGUGACCAGCACGGUGAUCUCGGCCAGGUCAGUGUCCCCGCUGCCGUACGCCCUGAACGGCUCCUAUGAGACUGUGCGAUACCUGGUUCCAAUGCAGCAGGAAAUGCAGCAGCAGUACAUCCCGGUGCAGCAGGCAAUGCAGCAGCAGCAGUACAUCCCGGUGCAGCAGGGAAUGCAGCAGCAGUACGUCCUUAUGCAGCAGCCUGUGAUCCAGCAGCCUGUGAUGCAGCAGGUGGUGUCCCCGAUGUACCUGCAGAGACUGUCACACCUGAGCGUCAGCAGCCAGGAGUCCGACCUGCUGUACCAGCAGCAGAGCACGGUGGAGAGCAUCAGCGGGCAGUCUUCAUCAGUUUUCAGCCAGUCGUCCAGUCCUCUCAAGAGCCCUGAGCCAAGUGCUGAGGAGGAGGAGGAAGAGGAGGUGGAGGAGGAAGAGGAGGAGGAGGAAGAAGAGGAGGAGGAAGAAGAGGAGGAGGCUGCGGCAGUGGAGGUGGAAGAGGUGGAGAUUGUCAACAUCAUACAGCAGAAGCAGACGCCGGUGAUAGAGAAGAUCUCCAGGACGGAGGUGAAGAUCGAGCAGAGGGAUGUGCCCCAGCCAACGAAGUUGGACACACGUUACUUCGGCGAGCUGCUGGCCGAGGUCUACAGGAAGAACUGUGACAUCCACUCCUGCAUCUCCGAGCAUGUGUCCAAGAUCCGUGGACAGAAACACCAGCUGGACCCCAGCAAUGACUACAAGGUGGAGAGAGAGGAGGUGGAGGCUUUGCUUCCCAAAGGAGCCACUGAACUGACCAAACAACAAAUCCGCUACCUACUGCAGACUCGUCUCACUGCAGAUAAGAGCAUGCGUCUGCUGCUGUCCACCUUCAGCAGUCUGAGAGAGGAGCUCCUCCACAUGUCUGAGGACCUGCGGCGUCUGGAGAGCGAGAAGGAGACUUUGGAGAGAGAUCUGAGUUUCAAAGCUGACCAGGCUCGGCAGUAUGACUGCCUCCUAGAGGCCGUCCGAGAAAACAACAGGCAGCUCCAGCUGUCUCUGAAGGAAACCAGCACCGCCCAGCGCUCCCUGGAGAGCCAGCUCAUGAGCAGCCGAAACGCAGACUCAAGCCGCGAAUUCAAGAUCAAAGAGAUGGAGGGAAGGAUGAGAGCGCUGGAGAAGGAGAACGAGAUGCUCCGACAGAAGCUGGCAGGCCAAGGCAGCAGCUCCACCUUGCAUAUCCAGACAGAGGAGUUGUCACGUCAGUACAAGGAGCAGCUCAGCACCAUGAGAGAGGAAAAAGACCAGGAGAUACAGAGGCUGCGGUCGCAGAUAACGAGGAUCCAGACGGAGGUCAGCACCAACAAGUCAUCCUCAGAUAAGAGUCUCCAGCUGAAAAUCUCCGAGCUGCUCGCCACGUUGGAGCAGCGGCAGACCACCAUCACCCGACAGGAGGAGGAAAUCAAGAAGCUGAUGCAGGAGAGGAACGACAGCUCUAAGAAUGUCACCAAGACCAUCAUCACCAAGAGGUACAGGAACCAGUACCCUAUCCUUGGUCUGCUGAGCGACGACUACCAGAUCACCUCUCCCAUCAAAGAAGCCAAGACCAUCGUCAUCGAGAGAACUGGAGAGAUGAUCAAACAGGAAAUCAUUACAACCCCUUAAAAGACACACUGCUUCUCUCCGACAGGAAUAAUUGAACGACAAGAAGACCCAGAUGCCCCCCUUGCAUGCUUCCCCCCCCCUCAUCCUGGGGCUCCCAGGGUUGGUGGUGGUUGAAAUCCCCCCCUAAAUUUGGGAUCACUGGUUAAAAUCUUUGGUUUGACCAAAUUGGGCUUGUUUGCGGUUUUAUUUGGGCUUUUUAUGACAAGGGGACAAAUAAUCCAGUAAUCAAAGACCAAAUCUUUUCAGAUAUGCUACAGCCAUUUGGUUUUGCAAUGGAUUAAGGUGGCACUAAUGAAGCAAUCAUGACAACUGGGAACUGGGCGAGAUUUGAGCUGAACAGAGGACAAUUUUGUUUAAAGAUCUGAGCUGAGAUGACGUACUAUUUGGCAAGAACAGACACUUCCUAUCCUUCCUCACCUUCAUAACUGCAUUCUGCUCGAUGAAGUGAAGGUUUAAGGUUGAAAACAUCUGCCUGUGUCCCAAACUGGCUGCUGAUUGGCUGCUCUCCAUACUGCCUGCAGCUGUUGAAACUAAAUGUCAUGUACAUUAACACUGAAACAUGGCAUACAAUAUUUUGAUGAAGAAUGCGUGUAGAUUAUUUUGACCAGGUAAAUGAAUUAUUAGCACUCUGCAGUAGAGUUGGGAAAUCACGAUACAUUGCUCACAACUGAAUCGCUAAACAUGUGAUUUUGUCAUAUACUGCAAGACAGUCAUCUGUGAUACAUUAAAGUAGGUAACUGAAGUGAAAAACAUCCCUAAAAUGGUAGACUAUAUGUGAAAAAUCGUAUUUGUUGCCUGCAUGAUGAGCAAAAGGCCAAACUGCCAGAAAUGUACAGUUCAGAGUUAAACCUGGAGUAAAAGAAGAUUAUCACAGGAGAUUGUAUUGUGAUAUAUUGCUGUAUCGGUUAUUUGUCCCAUCCCUACUGUGCAGGUGAACUUAUAAAUGAGUGAGGCUCCACAUGAAUGUUGUCUUCCCUGGAAUCAAAAAGAGAGAAUCCCCAAAAUGCUUGGAUGAAAGAUAGCUGCCGAACAAAGUGAAAUUGAUGGGGUGUCCCAAAUCCAUACUAAUUCUUAGCAGGUUUUGAUUGUGUAUCCAUGUUCCACACACAUACUAGAAAAGUGAUAAUGAAAUAUUCUCAAACCAGACGGCAAGAAUACUAAAUACAUCGAUUUUUGAGAGUGCUGUCGAUGGAUACUAUUCUCCCACAAGCCUCAACAAAGGAAAUGCAGGAGCUGCUCACAAGUGGAAAACAUUUAAAUGAACGUGGAUGAUGGUGAGACAGCUCCAGAAAGAUCUUGACAAACAAAAAAGUUAAUUCUUAAAAAUUUGCAACAAUUUGCUUUCUCAUUGUGAAGUUUAAUUGGCCGUCGUCACACGUAUUGAAUCAUUUCCUGUUUCCUGUUAAUAAUGGUAAAGCGUGUUGAGUUUUUUUUGUAUACUAAUUGCUAAAACAGUAUACUAUGACCAUUAGUAUGUAGUACAUACUGUACUUGUAUGGAUUUGGGACACACCAUGAGUUUCAGUUUAUGUGAAACAAGGGGAGUAAACAGCCGCCCUAGUUCCCUCAGUGUUCCUCCCUCUCAUCAUGAAAGUGUCAAAAAGUUCACCACAAGAUGUUGUCACAUGGGGUAGAUGCUGUACCUGCCCACAAAUAAAUGUAUCAAUACUAAUACUAGUUCCAAUUCAGAGUUUUGGUACUAAUACCAAAACUAUACUUCUCUCAAUAUCUUACUUCACUCCAUUUGACAAAAGAAGCCAGAAUUCUCAAAUGUUAAACAGUGUCUAAUUACAAGCUGCUGUACAAGGACUUAAUUUAAAAAUCGACAAAAUUAUUAUUGAUCCCUUGCUGAGGGCUCACAGCUUGUACAUCACAAAUUUCCUCACGAGAGGGCUCACUGAAGGUAAGACAAUGUGGAACCAAAUGCUGCCAAAGUUAUGAAAAGUGUGUCUCGACCUCCAGUUGUCACUAAUACACGUUUAGACAAGCCUGGUGCCAUCAAGCAUGUAGCAUGAGAUCCUCCUCAAAGCCACCACAGCCAUGCUAGCCCAGGGGACGAGGAAGUGGAUGUGUUAGUAUGAUUGCUAUUCUGCAACAUUUGAAAAACAUUCUGAUUGGGUAGUUUGCUUUUGUUUUUGUGCUAAAUGGUAGUUUAUAUAUCGGUCCACUGUGUAAGUGUCUUUAAAUGCUUUUUAUUUUGAGUUUUGUAUGUCUUGUUAGACUCAGAGGUGCAUGGGCAUGUGCUGUUCAUUAGCUUUGAUGUGUUUAUAUAUAUGACAGUGGGAUCCCAUGGAUGUGUGUGUGUUU